AGGGUAGAAAAGAUUUCUUAGGUUGUGGGACAGUGAUGGUGUGACAGAUGUGGCAUAACUUUUAGUUUGAAAAGAACUAUGAUCUAGAUGGAAGAGAUGAAAAUAAACUAUUCCUUGAUGUUCUAUAGGCAGAAAAGAUGGAGCUAGAAAAUGGCACGAUGGUGAAAGAAUUCAUCCUUCUUGGUCUGACCCAGUCUCGAAAUAUUCAGCUCCUGGUCUUUGUGUUGAUCUUAAUUUUCUAUCUCAUCAUCCUUCCUGGAAAUUUCCUCAUCAUCCUCACCAUCAGAUCAGACCCUGGUCUCACAGCCCCCCUCUACUUCUUUCUGGGCAACUUGGCCUUCCUGGAUGCAUCCUACUCCUUCAUUGUGGCUCCCAGGAUGCUGGUGGACUUCCUCUCUGAGAAGAAGGUAAUCUCCUACAGGGGCUGCAUCAUUCAGCUCUUUUUCUUGCACUUCCUUGGAGGAGGGGAAGGGUUACUCCUUGUUGUGAUGGCCUUUGACCGCUAUAUCGCCAUCUGUCGGCCUUUACACUAUUCCACAGUCAUGAACCCUAGAGCCUGCUGUGCCUUGCUGUUGGCCCUGUGGCUUGGAGGCUUUGUCCACUCCAUUAUCCAGGUGGCCCUCAUCCUCCACUUGCCCUUCUGUGGCCCAAACCAACUGGAUAACUUCUUCUGUGAUGUGCCACAGGUCAUCAAGCUGGCCUGCACAGACACCUUCGUGGUGGAGCUUCUAAUGGUCUUCAACAGUGGCCUGCUCACCCUCCUGUGCUUCCUGGGGCUUUUGUCUUCCUAUGCAGUCAUCCUUUGCCAUGUACAUGGGUCUGCUUCUGAAGGGAAGAGCAAAGCACUGUCCACAUGCACCACUCAUAUCAUUAUUAUACUUCUCAUGUUUGGACCUGCCAUCUUCAUCUAUACUCGCCCCUUCAGGGCCUUCCCAGCAGACAAGGUAGUUUCCUUCUUCCACACAGUGAUCUUUCCAUUGAUGAAUCCUGUGAUUUAUACCCUUCGCAAUCAGGAAGUGAAAUCCUCCAUGAGGAGGUUACUGAGUCGGCAUGUUGUCUGCUGAAUAGAUUUUAUAAAAAGAAGUCAAGAAGAGGGAAUUCUUGCUAUAAAUCACACAUUCAUGAACAAAUACUAUUUCACUGAGUACCUCCCAUUUGUCAGGUACUAUUGUGGGCAAUGAGGGAGAGUUAUACAUAAUUAGGGAAUAAGCUUGGUAUGCCUAAAGAAUAUAAAACAAACACCUGAAUGGUUGGAACAUGAUGAAUACUUAUGAGAGAUUUAAGGGUUAAAUUUUAUGUGACUGUAAGAGUCAAAUCACUAAGGUCUGUUAGGCUGAGAUAAGGAAUUUUAUUUUAUUCUAAAUACUGUAAAAAAUACAUGUUAACAUUUUAAGCAAGAGAGUCGCUCAUCCACAGUUGUUUCUUCUGUGGUUUAGAGCAACAUCAGGAUUCUGGGCAGAGAUCAAUAAGUUGCAAAACUCCAUUAAGAGCUAAAUGCUAUUCUGCAGACUUGUUUUGAAAAAAUCUCUCUCUCCCCCUGCCCUCUUUCUCUGUAUAUGAUUCUCUCUAAUAUAUAUAUUUAUUUACCUUACCCCCCCAUUUGCUUAAUGGGUAUGAAAGGAAGGUAAUUGGUUUCAUAGAAAAAUGCAUGAAAUUAUUUCAUCUGACUUUUUCAGAGCUUCGUGAUUAUUACUAAUGGGUUUUUACAAAUCCUCCCUUUAUGUUA